AUGAAGAUACCGCCUUUCGGUAGGGCCUGCGGUAUGGAAUAUUGUUAUUCCGACGGAAAGUGGGCUUCUCGUUACCGGGCCAGGGCGGUCAUCUGCAGCAACCUUGAAAUUGAAAGUUCCUCCGUUGACACAUCUUGGUGCUUACUGUUGCACAGCUGGGUGGACAACUACCUUUAUAUCUCUGAUUCUGGCUGUGUUGGCUCUUGCCUUCUUUUUUGUUACAGUCCCUCUCAUUCCCACUUCUCUCUUUCACCACCUCCAAGCUCUUCGCUAUUGCCAUUUGGCCACCGACGAACGACGCACGGCGCACGGCAUAAGAAAUUGUCCACGCAAACACUUUCACCCUCAAAACCUUCUCACAACAGGGCCUUGACAUCCUUUCCUGCCAUGGACUCCAUGCGGUCCCUCAACACCUCUCUUCCGAGCUCGACACCCCGCCCGCAACCUCCGGAGCAGCUCCUCCAGCAAUUCAAGGCGGCAGCUCUAUCUGUCACAAACCUGUAUAAGAAUGCAGUAUGUGAACAGGCCCAGGCAAGGUCGUCAGGAUACCAGGACGCGAUAGAGGAUCUUCUCCAUUUCCUUGACCGUGAGAACCUCGGUCUCGGAGACGGAGAGGGGUGGAAGGUUCGACAAUGGGCAACUGAAAAGUGCGACGGAACUGGAUCGCAAAGCAGCGAUGAAGACGCAGAGGUUGACAAGCGUGACCGAAGUGUUACACCAGCUACUGCUCGCAAAGAAAAACCUACGCCCGAAACGAUUCCUCGUCAGCCCCCCACUUCAGCUCCCGUACCCGCAUCCAAGCCAGAGUCGAUCACUCCUCCCACACAAGUCCACGAAACACCUUCUUUCGCCACACCCGCUGUCUUCACAUUUUCUGCUGGUCCUACAUACCCUCAGUGUCAAGAGCUCGACAUGGAUGUCCAGUCGUCAGACAACUCAUCUGCGACGAUGCAGGACGGCGCUCCUGUGAGCGUCUCAGUGAUGCCUCGUAACAGUCGACCACACCAUCGUCACAACAAUCACCCACGAUCAAACGCGCGCCUUUCGCCACGGGAGUCCCCCGCUACUAUUGGUUCGAAGAGGAAAUUCACUUUCCCGGAUUUCUUCGAUCUGUCAGGACUUAACAACGGACGAGAUAUGGCAGGAGGAGGUGGGAAACGAGGCCGCUUUGCCUAG